CGUGUGCGUAGAGCUCCCCGUUGGUUGUAGCAAGCUUGUUCAAGCUUCCAUGUCGUUGAUCACCAGAACCACACUCACACUCCCCAGAACACGCCUCGCCCUUCGAUCCUUCACCUGCAAAACGUCAUCCGACCCGCCACCGUUGAUUCGCUCCCUCACUCUCCCGAGUCAGCUCGCCGCCGAGCCCGUCCAGAUCGUCGCCGCCCCCCACAUCUCCUCCUCCCAGUUCAGGAGCGCUAUUGAUUCGUCUUUGUUUAAGCAGUGGCUGAAGAACAUGGAGAGUGAAAGUGGGAUUCUACGCGACGGUUCUUUGGCUCUGAAACGAGUUCUAAUUCAGGGUGUGGAUAUGUUUGAAAAGAGGAUUGGGUUUCUGAAGUUUGAAGCCGAUGUGGUUGAUAAAGAAACAGGGAAAAAGGUUCCAGGUAUUGUGUUUGCACGCGGACCGGCUGUAGCUGUGCUUAUACUUUUGGAAUCGGAGGGCAAGGCUUAUGCUGUUCUUACUGAACAGGUUAGAGUACCUGUUGGAAGGAUCAUACUGGAGUUGCCUGCUGGAAUGUUGGAUGAUGACAAGGGUGAUUUUCUCGGCACCGCAAUCCGUGAGGUGGAAGAAGAGAUUGGCAUAUGCCUAAAACAAGAAGACAUGGUGGACCUCACAGCCUUCCUCGACCAAUCUACUGGAUGCAGAAUAUUUCCUUCUCCUGGAGGGUGUGAUGAAGAACUCAGCCUCUAUCUGUACAGAGGGCAGGUGGAUAAAGAGCUUAUUGAUCAGCUGCAAGGUCAAGAAACAGGUCUUCGUGACCAUGGAGAGCUGAUUAGGGUUCGUGUGCUCCCAUAUGAAAAGCUCUGGCGCAUGACAGCCGAUGCAAAGGUUUUAACAGCCAUUGCACUCUAUGAAAUGGCAAAAAGAGAAGGGCUCUUGCCCCCCCCUGAAAACAUGAAUUGCUAAUUACCAUGGUCACCAUACGCUCUUUGUUGGGUUGCUGUUGAUAUUUGCAACUAUUGAGCUAGUUGGUACAAUAUCCAGAGUUGAUGUUCUUUUAUCUUUAUGGAGCUCUAUGUAAUUUUCUGCUGUUUUUACUCGAAUGGUUUCUCCUAUUCUUGGAGUGAGAGGGCAGUAAAUUAUAGUACCAGGAUAAGCAACCAAAAAUAUCUGUAUAUUUGACGAGAUGAUCUGUCCAUAUUUAUUCCUUUAUCAAGUGAAAGAAAUGCCUUAUAUUCUA